UACAUACACAUGCAUCUGUAAGUAUAUAUGUAUAUGAAGACUACGUAUUCACAUGUGCAUAUAUAUGUGAAGAUGCGUAUGCGUGUACGAUGCGUGUGUAGGUAAGGAAAAAAAAGAAAAGUAUAUCAGACGCUUUCGCCGAAAAUAAUAUUUUCGUAGCUCACAGCGAUUUAAUCCUGCACACCCCUUUCCCUGUUCAGCCAUCGUUCCUCCUCACGAUACGUCUGGAUAAAUUGCGUGUUACGGGCUGUACCUGGCUUAAUCACGGAAUAAUGUGUCGGGUCGAGUGUUUCUGGCACAGAUGAUCGUCGAGAAGUUCUCGUUCUGUUCCGAACAUAUUACGCUCGAUAUGUUCCUAAUGAUCCUUUCGCUCGUCGAGGCGGACGCGACUGCCGCCGAGGCGUGCGCGCGUUCCGAGGUUGUGACAAUCCUUAUUUUUCUACUCUCUGCUAGAUUCUAGAUCAUAAGACGUCGUGUCGCGAUACACUCGAGUAUAUAACGCCAGGAUCCGGACCGGCACGUCCACGUGAGAAUAAGAACAUCGGGACGACGACUAAUUGACAGCGAUCGAUCGGAUCCGAAUUGUAACAAUCGCGAAAUGUAGCCGCGCGUGAUCAAGCCGGGUAUAAGUCCCGAUCAGUCCCGGUUCUCGUUUCCCUUCGACCUACCGAACUGUCCCGAUCGUCUCGAGGAUGGAACCUUGAUGAUCAGGGGAUACGGGAAGACGGUCCGUAGGGAAACCGAGAGAGUUCUCCGAUAACACGAACGUUUCCCAUUGCCUCGGCGACGUUCCGCGAUCUCAUCCGUGCGAAAGACGAAUAUCCUGGAGACGACAAUUUCACACGCUCGCAAGGUCAGCCUCAUCUUUAAAGCUUAAACGAACGAUCCUCUUCGGACUGCGCCUCCCAAACGGGGACGGGCGGGAGACACACUCUCGCGAUAAUAAAAAUAAAAAAAAAAAAAAAAAAAAAAAAAACUGGCAUUAUAAUAAUGAUGAAAACUGUGUUAUAACCAUGCUGCUGCUGAUGAUGAUGAUAAUAAUAAUGUGAUGAAGAAAAAACGUAAGGAGGAGAGUUUGUUUUCGCGUGUUGCCAACCUCUCCUCUUCCGCGAUAUCGCGGAGCCGAUCCUCCUUAAGAUCCUCAGCAGAAUCGACACCCUCGCAGAUGAUACAAGAGUUCACCGGGAUCCGUGAUAGAUCUCACACGGAGGAGAAGAGAGAUCAUUGAUCGAUUCUCUUUUGUUUUCUUUAUCUUUUCUUUUGACCGACUGCAUUUUUGGCCGAUAUUGCGACGACGCAUCCAUCGCAGCUCGUUUCAUUCUUCAGAACCGACUUUGGUUAAAAUUUACAAAAAGAUAACGUAUAAUUGAUAUUGUACUUAACUUUUUUGGAGCAAAGACUUUUCUUUUCAAAUUUACGUCAUUAAAAAUAUUAUUGCGUAGAUAUAUUUACGUUAGAAAUAUUUAUUUUAUAAUUUUAAUUGGAAUUAUGUAAUUCUGAUAUUAUGUAUUUCUGAUAUUAUGGCUUUGCUAGCAACAUAAUUUCAAGAUUUCGCAAACGUGGGAUUAUGACAAAUGCUUUUGCGCUAAUCACAAAGGAAAUUUUUCUUUGCUUAUAUUCGUCGCGGGGGGACGAAGGAAAUUAAAAUAAAUUUAUAAAGGAGUUAAAUGGUGGAUGUAAAUUUGUUUGCGCAGGUCGACUACUCGCGGAUGAGACGACUGCAUUUUGCAUUCCAAACGCAAAAAUCUCAACAUACGAGUCAAAUAUUGCUUUCUGAGGAGCUGGACGAGCUCCGGACGGAGGUACAACGACGGGACCAGGAGCUACUGGCGAUGUCAGCAAAGAUGAAAACGCUCGAGGAGCAACAUCAAGAUUACCAGAGGCACAUUGCCGUGCUCAAAGAAUCCCUCUGCGCCAAAGAGGAACAUUAUAAUAUGCUGCAAGCCGAUGUCGAGGAGAUGCGGCAGCGGCUCGAGGAGAAAAAUCGGAUGAUCGAGAAGAAAACGCAGGCGGCGAUGCAGGCGCAACAGGAGCGCAAUCGUAUGAACACCGAGCUGACCGAGCUUAAGGAUCACAUGGACAUCAAGGAUCGCAAGAUCAAUGUUCUGCAACGCAAAGUGAGUUCUCUCUCUCUCUCUCUCUCUCUCUCUCUCUCUCUUUUAUUUAUUCAGCUUUUUCUAACUGAGCGAGGCGCGAAGUCCUCGCAAAGGGUCUCGUUCACUUUUCUCCUAUUAUCAUCUAUUUCCAACCACUUUCGUUCGCUCUCGUCACGCUUUAGCCACUCUGUCGUGUGGACUCGUUCCUGUAACGUUUGCGUUCGUUGA